AUGACAAGUCCCGCUCAGCAGCCGCCUAUUGCACAGCAUGUCGUAUUUCCCCGUCCCUCGUCCACUCUAUCAGUGUGUCAACUAAGCGAGGAUACCAUCCCGGCACGAGCAGGAAGCCCGGGCAACAAUUCCAUGCUUCAUGCACAGAUUCGAAGUCUUCAGAGGCAGCUGGCUGUCAGGAAUGAUGAAAACGCGUCUCUUCGGCGUCAACUUGAGACAAGAGAUAACUUGGACAUUGGAACACUCAGUGAACAGCUUCGAGUAUCCAAAAGAGAGUGUGCCAUGUGGAAAUCUCGUGCCGAAGCCGCAGAAAAACGAGUCUCGGUCCUUGAACACUUCACGCGGAAGCUGAAGGGUAUCAAAGGAGGGGAUGCGCAAAAUGACACUGAUGUUACGUCGCGAAGCGGAAGAGACAGCAUCGAAACGUUGGCAACAGAGGAUGGAGAAGUUGUGGCGGAGAGAAUCAGGAGGGCUAUGAGAGGGAUGGAUGGAACGAGGAGCAGUGAUGGCGGGGCUGCAGCUUGGUGGAACGAUGACCGGCGAGGUAGCAACACCAGGCACUCGGGAAGCGUGGGUGGGCAACAUCAGCCGAAAAUGACAGAAGAAGCAUUGCUUCAGAUUUGGCAGGCAGUACAGGAGCUGCUAUUGGAGGAUGAAGACUGA